UCCUCUGACCCGAAGAUGCCGGCCACGGCGCCCCGCGCCCUCCUCCUGCUGCUCUCGGGGGCCCUGGCCCUGACCGCGACCCGGGCGGGCUCCCACUCCCUGAGGUAUUUCGCCACCGCCGUGUCCCGGCCCGGCCGCGGGGAGCCCCGGUACAUCGAAGUCGGCUACGUGGACGACUCGCCGUUCGUGCGGUUCGACAGCGACGCGGCGAGUCCGAGGCUGGAGCCGCGGGCGCCGUGGGUGGAGCGGGAGGGGCCGGAGUACUGGGACGAGCAGACACGGAACUGCAAGGGGAACGCACAGACUUUCCGGGAGAACCUGCGGACCGCGCUCCGCUACUACAACCAGAGCGAGGCCGAGCCAUCUUCCCAGACCAUCAUCCUCAUCGUGGCAAUCAUUGCUGGCCUGUUUCUGGUUCUCCUUGGAGCUGUGGUUAUUGGAGCUGUAAUGUGGAGGAAGAGGAGCUCAGGUGGAAAAGGAGGGAGCUACUCUCAGGCUGCAAGUGGUGACAGUGACCAGGGCUCUGAUGUGUCUCUCACGGCUUGUAAAGCGUGACUCAGCUGCCUUUUGUGGGACUGAGUGAUAGAAGAUGUGUUCACGCCUCUCCUUUGUGACUUCAUGAGCCUCUGACUUCUCUUUCUGCAAAGGACAUUUGAAUGGGUUUGCAUUUCUGUUAGGAUAAUGUGAGGAUGAGGGGAGAAGAUCAGCCCACUCCUGUGUCCACACUGAUUCCCUUUCCCACCCUGACCUGUUGCCUUCCCUGAUCAUGAUCAUCUUCCCUGUUCCAGAGAUGUGGGGUGGGGACGUCUCUAUCCCUGUCUCUACUUCAUGGUGUGCUGAGCUCUAACUUCUUGCUUCCCUAAUGAAAAUAGGAAUCUGAAUAUAAAUUUGUGUUUCAAAUUCUUGCCAUGAGAGGUUAAUGAGCUAAUUAAAGAAGGAGAUUUCUAAAAUUUGAGAGAAAAUAAAUGGAAGACAUGAGAACCUUCCAGAAUCCA